CGACGGCUCAGAUUAAAUCUAGCACUUUAACUCUGCCCUUUUAUAGCCGUAGUCCCUCUGUAAAGAUCACCUUCACAUCACACAGUGAGCUGUUACAAAACCUCUGCGAACGCGCGCGCGCGCACAUAGACGGUGAGACUCUCCUGCUUUUCAAUCUGUGCCGGUUUCGGAACGUUUCGAAUCGGAGGGUUUGGUUGUGGAUCGGAAGGGGUUUAGAUAGCGGGAGAGAUGGCGGACCAUGAGGAAUCGAAGAUAGAAUCGGUGAUGGAGAAGAUAAGUGAUAAAAUACACGGUCAUGAUGAUUCGUCGUCGUCAUCAUCGUCAGAUUCCGAGGACGAGAGCUCAUCGUCUUUGAAAACGAAGGUGUAUCGUCUAUUCGGUAGAGAAAAGCCUGUUCACAAGGUCCUCGGCGGUGGCAAACUGGCUGAUGUGUUUUUAUGGAGGAACAAGAAGAUCUCAGCAGGACUUCUAGGUGGGGUCACAACCAUCUGGGUUCUGUUUGAAGUGAUUGGUUACCAUUUGCUCACUCUAGUCUGCCAUGGUAUGAUACUUGCUCUGGCUAUAUCAUUCUUGUGGUCUAACGCUGCCACUUUCAUCAACAAGUCUCCGCCACGUAUUCCUGAAGUUUACAUUCCAGAGGAGCCUGUUCUGCAGUUCACAUCUGCUUUGAGGAUUGAGAUCAACCGAGCUUUUGUGGUCCUGAGGGAUAUUGCAUCUGGAAGAGAUUUGAAGAAGUUUCUAUCUGAUAUGAAGAGUCACAUUUCUGCUUUUGUUUUGCUGCACACGGUUCCUGUACUGUAUGAUAAGUAUGAGGACCAGAUAGAUCCAUUUGCAGAGAAGGCAAUGGUUGAGAUCAAGAAGCAGUAUGCAGUCUUUGAUGCAAAGGUAUUGAGUAAGAUCCCCAGGGGUCCAUUGAAAGGCAAGAAGAAUGCAUGAGUGGUGGAAAGUGUCAUAAAUUUAUAUAUCCAUUAGUGACUAGAAACCCUGCUUCUAUACCCUGUGUUUUUUGCUUCUUUGGGUUCACAAAUAGAUCAAAAACUUGCAGCUAUUGCAAUGAUGGAUAGUAUUUUGACGUAUUUCUGUGGCUAGAUCUGGUGGUAAUGUUAUCAUUAUGAUAGUGUCUGUCAAUUAACGUAUUCUACUGUGGUACUUGACAAUGGUUUGUUUUAUGUGUUUUGGAUUAUGCUUUUAUGUUCAUGAGAUGAAUGAAUUUGUUCACUUGAGCUUUGUACGAGUGCUAUUGUGUAUACAGAG